UAGUGCGGUGCGCCCAGCCCUGUCGGCUGCCACGCCGCAUAUAACCGGACCCAUCCCGCGCCAAGCAGAGGCAGCAGCAGCAGCAGCAGCGGCAGCGUCUCCGAGGCACCCCGCGGCCGCUCACACUUCACUCGUUCACAGUCACGCUCCACGCGCUGCCUGCCACUCCCCUCCUCCUCCGCACUCACUGCCAUGGCGUCCCGGAUCUUGCUGCCGGCGCUGCUCCUCCUCCUCCUCCUCUGCACGCAUUGCGGCGCCGCGGCGCGGAGGGCGCGCGGCGGCGAGUCCAGCUCGCAGGUCAAGUUCGACUUCUCGCCCUUCCUCAUCGAGUACAAGAGCGGCGUGGUGAAGCGGCUCAUGGGCACCGACCGCGUCUCCGCGGCCGCGGACCCGCUCACCGGCGUCACCUCCAGGGACGUCACCAUCGACCCCGCCGCCGGCGUCGACGCGCGGAUCUACCUCCCCAGCUUCCGCACCACCACCAAGGUGCCCGUCGUGGUCUACUUCCACGGCGGCGCCUUCGUGGUCGAGUCGGCCUUCAACCCCAUCUACCACGCCUACCUCAACACCCUGGCCGCCAAGGCCGGCGUGGUGGCCGUGUCGGUGAACUACCGCCUGGCGCCGGAGCACCCGCUGCCGGCGGCCUACGACGACUCGUGGGCGGCGCUCAAGUGGGUGCUCGCCAAUGCGGCUCCCGGGACGGACCAGUGGCUGUCCCAGUACGGCGACCUGUCCCGCCUCUUCCUCGCCGGCGACAGCGCGGGGGGCAACAUCGCGCACAACCUGGCAUUGCGGGCCGGGGAGGAGGGGCUGGACGGCGGCGCGAAGCUCAAGGGCGUGGCCCUCCUCGACCCCUACUUCCAGGGCCGUAGCGCGGUGGGCGCCUACUCGGCGGAUCCGGCGUACCUGCAGUCGGCGGCGCGGACCUGGAGCUUCAUCUGCGCGGGGAAGUACCCCAUCGACCACCCGUACGCGAACCCGCUGAUGCUGCCGGCGGCCUCGUGGCAGCACCUCGGCAGCUCCCGCGUGCUGGUCACCGUGUCCGGGCAGGACCGGCUGAGCCCGUGGCAGCGCGCCUACUACAGCACGCUCAAGAGCAGCGGAUGGCCGGGGCAGGCGGAGCUGUACGAGACCCCCGGCGAGGGCCACGUCUACUUCCUCACCAAGAUGAGCACGCCCCAGGCGCAGGCCGAGAUGGCCACCCUCGUCGCCUUCAUCAACCGCGACGACUAGUAGCUCGCCUCCCGGCGGCCAGUAAAUGCAGCACCGCCGCCUAGGCCCAACACGAGUGCUCUGCCAUGCUAGUAACGAAGUUCGUAGUGAGGAGGAAGGUCUUGUUUUCGCCUUUGGUUUGAGUCGUCGAUUUCUUGUGUUACGAUGGUGGUAGAGCGCAGUACGUAGGUACGUGAAUUCGGUUCCUCCCCAGCAACCGGCCGGACUGAGAGGGGGGGCCGUGCCGUGCUCUAGCUCUACCACCGACCGAUCUGCAGUUAAGCAGUGAGUAGCUUGCGACGUUAACGCACUAGUAGCAGUUGGCCGUUUCUUGCAGUCACAACUAGUAGUAACUACCGUGCCGUAUACUAUAUUUACCUAGCGAUUGCAGUGUCAGGCGUGUAACUUUUUGUACUGCUGCUAUGGUGAAGUGGCUGUGUGCUAUAUUGAUCUGGCUGUGUGGAA